GGGGACGUCCUCUGCGCAUGCUCAGCAGCGGUCGGUACGGAUUGACCGUGAUCCUCGGAGCCGCUUGUUGUUGUUGUUUUCUCGGUCUCCGGUUGGAACGAUGGCCGGCACCGCUCUGAAGAGACUCAUGGCCGAGUACAAACAGCUCACUCUGAACCCACCUGAAGGCAUCGUGGCAGGUCCGGCCAAUGAGGAGAACUUCUUCGAGUGGGAGGCUCUGAUCAUGGGGCCCCAGGACACGUGUUUUGAAGGCGGCGUGUUUCCGGCCGUCCUCAGCUUCCCCUCCGACUACCCUCUGAGCCCUCCAAAGAUGAGGUUCACCUGCGACAUGUUCCACCCCAACAUCUACCCGGAUGGUCGGGUCUGCAUCUCCAUCCUUCAUGCUCCUGGAGACGAUCCAAUGGGUUAUGAGAGCAGCGCAGAGAGGUGGAGUCCAGUCCAGAGUGUGGAGAAGAUCCUGCUGUCUGUGGUCAGCAUGCUGGCAGAACCCAAUGACGAGAGCGGCGCCAACGUGGACGCGUCCAAGAUGUGGCGUGAGGACAGAGAACAGUUCUACAAACUGGCUCAGAAGAUCGUACGGAAGUCUCUGGGCCUGUAGUGAUGAUGUCAUCAGGCCGCGCCACAUGUGUGAAACAGACUCGUCACCACGGAAACCACUGACACGCAGCUCUGAGACGGACAGAUCAAUGGA